GGCGGUUCCUCAAGUUCGCUAUGCCCGGUUUCCUCCGAUGGAGGCACUCGCGCCCAUCCGAGGCCUAUUCGUCUUCUAUCGAGUCCAUACAGCUUGAUUCCCAUCAGUCAACCCCACCGCAGCAAUGCGCCGACGCGGGGCCAGUCCAGGUCGCUGUCCUUGUCGCCAUGCCCUCGGCCGCACGCCCGGGAUCGCAAUUCCAUGACCCUUCGCACCCACCUUCGCACCGAUCUUCGCCCUCGUUCUCACGAGACAGAGCGCGUGGGACAACUAGGACACUAUCGGUAUCCUCAGACGACUCUCUCAAGCACGGCAAGUCCGUCGCUUCGCACGCCGGUCCGUUUGAGUGGGACGACGAGGUCCCGGUGGUAGAAAUUGGGAUCGUCCAUAUUGGCGUGGAAUCUCCGCUGAGCAAGCAGACUCACAAGCAGACAUGACUUUAUGAAAGGACCAGCGUGUGUGUAUGAUGUGGCAGAAUGCACGCAGCGUUUAAUCGAAUUGAAUCGAAUCUGCUGACGAUUUGUAGCAUGUCGCUCGGU